AUGGCCCGCCAAAACCAUGUCCUUUUUUCGAUAUUCUUAAUGUUGUUCAUCAUUAUUAUUCCUUCUGUUCCUUGUUAUGGCACAUCCCAAGAGGACCCACUAAAAAUAUAUGGUUCUGAUGAUGACUCGCCUUUCAACAACUUCGAUGAUGGUGGGACAUUCCACAACUUGAUACAGCAAAACACACAAGUGCUGAGCUUAAACAGGUUUGUUAAGUUGGCUGUCACGUCUCCUUCAGUUUCCAAGUUUAAUGUCAACGAUUUUGGAGCUAAAGGGGAUGGUAAAAGCGAUGACACAGAGGCUUUCAAUAAGGCUUGGCAAGCUGCAUGUUCUUCUGGGAGAGCCAUAAUUCUUGUGGUUCCUUCCAAUUAUAAUUAUCUUCUCAAGCCUGUCAGAUUCUCAGGUCCCUGUAAUUCUAGCAUUACCAUCCAGAUUUCUGGGACACUUGCAGCAUCAGAGAACUCAUCGGAUUACGCCCAAGACCCACAACACUGGCUUUUGUUCGAGAGUGUUCAGAACCUAACAGUUCAAGGUGGUGGAACCAUCAAUGGAAAUGGGGAGACGUGGUGGCAAAACUCCUGCAAAAAGAACCCGAGUCUUCCUUGCGAGAGCGCCCCCACGGCUGUGACUUUCUAUGAUUGUGAGAAUCUGAUAGUAGAAAACUUGGAGAUUAAAAAUGCACAACAAAUCCACGUGAACAUUCAAGAAUCCACGAACGUUAAGGUUUCUGGUGUUACAGUGAGUGCACCAGAGGAUAGCCCCAACACUGAUGGAAUUCACAUCACCAAUACCAGAUACAUCAAAAUCUCAAACUCGCUUAUAGCCACAGGAGAUGAUUGUUUGUCAAUAGAGAGUGGAACCCAAAAUUUACUAGCUACUGGCAUAAGCUGCGGACCCGGCCAUGGUAUCAGUAUUGGAAGCUUAGGGGAGACCGGAACGGUGGAACUUGUGUCUGGAAUAACAGUGAAUGGAGCUAAGCUUUCUGGAACUACAAAUGGAGUUAGAAUUAAGACUUGGCCAGGAGGGGAAGGAAGUGCAAGCAACAUCAAGUUUCAAAAUAUUACAAUGGAAAAUGUGACUAACCCCAUAAUAAUAGACCAGAACUACUGUGACCAGGAGACUCCUUGCAAACAGGAGAACUCAACCGUGAAAAUCAGGAAUGUGCUGUACGAGAACAUAAAAGGAACGAGUGCUUCUGAUGUUGCAGUGAGCUUGAACUGCAGCCAAAGCUUUCCGUGCCAGGGGAUUGUGUUGCAGAACAUAGACCUCCAAGAUGAAGAUGGACAAAUUCCCAAAGCUUCAUGUGAAAGUGCCAUCUUGUCCUACGUUGGAUCCGUUUCCCCACGUUGCCCAUAG